AGCCCCGGGGCCCCGGGCUCGAGCCAGGGGCGCAGGCGCGGUGCCCGGCGCAAGCGCAGACUCAGCCGCCGACCCCGACGCAGCCUCGCUGGACCGCGGCCGGGCCGGCCCGGGGAGAGUGUCUGACCCGGAGCGGGACUGGAGGAGGAAAGGCCCCGGGGCUGGAGGAGCUGAGGCCGAGCCGGGCCCGGGGCGGGAGCUGAGGGAGGAAGCCGGGACGGCCCCGGACCGGCCGCUCUGAGGCGCCUCCCUCUUGGGGCCGGGCGAGGCCGAUGUGAGUCCGAUGGAGCAGCCCUGGGGGAGGCUGAUCCGCCUGGGCGCCGCCGAGGGCGAGCCCCCGGUGCUCCUGCAGAAGAAGGAGUGCACCAUCGGGCGCAAGAAAGGUUGCGACCUUUCAUUCCCUGGCAAUAAAUUGGUGUCUGGAGAUCACUGUAAAAUAGUGGUGGAUGAAGAAUCUGGUCAGGUUUCGCUGGAGGAUACCAGCACUAAUGGAACAGUAAUUAAUAAAGUAAGGGUUGUGAAGAAGCAGUCGUGUGCUUUACAGACUGGGGACGUCAUCUACGUGGUUUACAGGAAGAGCGAGCCAGAGCACAAUGUUGCAUAUCUCUACGAAUCUCUGAAAGCAAAGCCAGAAAUAUCCCCAGAACUCACUGAAACUACUGGAGAAAAAGUGUGCAACAUGACCAAAGAUACCUCAGGUUCAGAAGGAAGCAAUGAGACCCAGGUCAUGCCAUCCUUGCCCAAUGAUCAGUCUUGCUUUGAGGAACCACAGCCAUCUACAUCUACGUCAGACCUCUUUAAAACGUCCGCUACCUCUCUCCUGGAUUCUGCUCCUGCUGAGCGGGAGCAUCCUUCUAGACCUGGUGAAGCAGUAUGUGCAGGCACAUCACUUGAAGAUCAGUGUCAGUUUGCCAUACGUGAUGACACCUCCGGCUUCUUCUCAGCUCCUCUGGACAAAGAAGGAGCCUCAGCUUUUCUGUCCAAACCUCAGGAUUGGGAGGACUUGGGGCCUGCUAAAAAGAAAAUGAAAGGAGAUGGGGACACUCAUCUGAGUCUUCAGUUGUUUGUCGCAGACCAGUGUAAAAACAGCAGAGCCAUUCCUGAGGAAGUGAAAGCAGCAAACAUGAAACCAGACAAAAUGGAAGAAACUCUCACUUGCAUUAUUUGUCAGGAGUUACUGCAUGACUGUGUGAGUCUGCAGCCCUGCAUGCACACCUUCUGUGCCGCUUGCUAUUCAGGUUGGAUGGAACGGUCUUCUCUGUGUCCCACGUGCCGUUGUCCAGUUGAACGUAUAUGCAAAAACCACAUCCUGAACAACCUUGUCGAGGCUUACCUUAUCCAGCACCCAGACAAGUGCCGUAAUGAAGAAGAUGUGCGCAGCAUGGAUGCCAGGAAUAAAAUCACGCAGGACAUGCUGCAGCCCAAAGUCAGGAGGUCCUUCUCUGAUGAAGAGGGAAGUUCCGAGGACCUGCUGGAACUGUCCGAUGUGGACAGCGAAUCUUCAGACAUCAGCCAGCCCUAUGUCGUAUGUCGACAGUGCCCUGGUUAUAGAAGGCAGGCCGUGCAGCCUGUCCCCUGCCUGCUGCCCGAGAGUGAAGGAGGAGCCUUUGAGGCCCCUGCAGAUGCCCCAUCCACGUCUGCGAGUUUUCUUGCAGCCGCCCAGGACUAUGUGUGUCCCUCACAAGGAAGUCACGCCAUAUGCACUUGCUGUUUCCAGCCCAUGCCCGACCGACGAGCUGAGCGGGAGCAGAACCCGCACGUCAUCGCUCCACAGCAGUGCGCCGUGUGCUCACAGCCCUUCUGCCACCUGUACUGGGGCUGUCCUCGGACGGGCUGCUCAGGCUGCCUGGCCCCAUUCUGCGAGAUAAAUCUUGGUGACAAAUGUUUAGAUGGUGUACUAAACAACAACAACUAUGAAUCAGAUAUCCUAAAGAAUUACCUAGCAUCUCGGAACUUGACAUGGAAGAACGUGUUAAAUGAAAGUCUGCUGGCUCUUCAGAGGGGCCUAUUUCUCCUGUCAGAUUACAGAAUUAAUGGAAACACUGUGCUGUGUUAUUGCUGUGGCCUACGCAACUUCAGAGAGCUGACAUACCAGUAUAGACAAAAUAUUCCUGCUUCAGAAUUACCAGGGACUGUAACAUCUCGUCCUGAUUGCUAUUGGGGGCGCAACUGUCGGACUCAGGUUAAAGCACACCACGCUAUGAAAUUCAAUCAUAUUUGUGAACAAACACGCUUCAAGAACUAAACCUUGAAGUACUGAAAGUCUUGGACAUUUGUGUGUAAAAACAACAAAAAAAAUGUUUUAAGACCUCAAAAAUGGAACAUAAAUAUUUUCAGGGAAUUUUUUAAGUUCCCUCUUGGAGGGGAGUUGGAUAUCUCUGCAUCAGGUACUGGUGUGAUUGUUUUUUUAAUUUUGUAGAGCUUUACACUUGAGUAAGACUUUUUUAAAGUAACCUGAUGAGCACUUCAUGGUGCCCAUUAGGCAGGCCAUGCCCGAAUCAUGGUAGCUGCAGCAGACUAGAAGACACACUCAGGAUGGGCAGGAAUGGCACCAAAGGUCAUGAGACAUCCUGAGGCCCAGUGUUUGUUGUACGUUGGGUUGGGUUAAAGCCGUUAUUGUCAAAGGAAAAAAAAUCUACCACCAAACACCCCCCCCCCCCAAAUCUGUCAAGAUGAGAGCCUCGUUUUGUGUUUUCUACCUUCACCAAAAUGGUUGUUAGAUCAGGACUCCCUUUAUACCAAGAAUUUCAUAUGGUAAAAAAGGACAAAAAUGUAUCAAAUACACUGUUUCCUUGUUGCUUAAGAAAAAGAAACAAAUGUUUACAGCCCGUAGGGCAUACCUAGUACUUUGCUGUAGGAAAUAUACAUGUGUGCGUGUGUGUGCGUGUGUUUUAGGGUAGUCAGUCUGGUGCUUUUCAUUUCUUGUUAGAAUUAAAUCUCACAAGCAGCACAAAUAGUAUAAUGUAUCAUUUAUAAGCCAGUUAGAUGUUGGGUGACUGUCCUGUGUAUAGGAAAUGUUCUGUAUGUGUCUGUAGAUCUUCUCCAUCACAUGGAAGACCAAAACAGUGUCACUGGCGCAGACAGCCUCAUUAGCAUGCUGUGACUCUGGCAUGUGCCUCCUGGCAUUGCCACGAGAGAGAGGGACCACUUGGCAGCAUAUAGCUGCCACAAGAGAAAUGGCCUUCCACAUUGCUAAGGUUUGUUUGACAGCCAAAACCAAGAAUCUUAAUAUUUUCGGAAAUAUUUGCUUUUCAUUGGGUGUUUCCUCAGCUAUAUCUUUCUCUCUGGAAUUGGCUUCAACAAAUAGUUACUAAAUAGUGCCUACUAUUUAUUAUGCCAGGCAUUGGAGCCCAUCCUGGGGUUACAAAGACAAAACUUGGAAACAUCUCUUCUUAUUGGGGAGCCACACGUGGCCCCUGCAUGUAGCUCCUUGAAGAAAAAGAAAGGUGAGAAGGGAAUCAAUUCCAGGCCCUUCCUCAGCAAUGCUAAAGCACAGGAUUUAACCCUACUGCUUGUAUAGCCUAAAUCUGCUUUGUCUCACUAGGAAAUCACCCAAACCAGGUUACCUCUAUGGUCCCUGCAUUUUAAUUAUGCUUCAUGUGUUUAGCCACAUUGAUAACUCUAGUGAGAAGGGCCGCAGGACACUCUACUCCAAGUCAGAUCUUAGAGAAAGAAGGGGAGGGAUAAAAAGGGUUUGUGUUUUAUCCUGCUGCUUCUUAGCAUCCUCAAAGCAUCCUGAACUGAAUACUCCCUUAUUCCACUUUGAGCACUGACUGUGGAGUGCAAUCCCCAGUCUAAUGGCCUGGGUCUUCACACUGGACUGUUGUCCAAGUCAUAUGUCUCUUCAGAAAUUCCAGACAGCGUCUUAUAUGUAAGUGCAUCAAUUUACAGCUUCCUUCGUACCAGCAAACAACCUUAUAGCAGCCUGUUUCCUAUUUGCCCUGAUAUCUUCUCUUGCAUUAGAAUUAAAAUGUUAUCUGGAA